AUGGCCGCGCUGGCACCGUCUCUGCUUCCCGAGCUGCUCGACACGCUCAUCCCCGUGGCACUGUUCGGUCUCGACCAGCUCUUCGUCGUCACCUCGACCUGGGCGCUCGGAAUCACCGGAACGUUCCUGGGCGACUACUUCGACAUCCUCAUGGAUGCCCGCGUUGAAGAUUUUCCUUCCAACGUCCUGCGGGACCCAAUGUACGUUGGAAGCACCAUGUGCUUCGCGGCUAUUGCCCUCUGGUAUGAGCGGCCUGCUGGCUUGUUAAUUACCUUGUACGUGUACAUCGUGUACAUAUUGGCGCUCAAGUACAAGGGCCCGUUCACCGACAUGAUCUACUCGAACCGUGCGUUCGCACAAGCGGCAGCUUCCAAGAGGCCGUCGUCGAAAAAGGAGCUUUGA